AUGAAUAAAAAGAGGCAUAGAGUUCAUGCUCUUCAGUUGAUAGAUCAAGAGAUGGUGUCUCUAAGAAACCAAGGUUUGAAUCAGAUGGAUGAUGUCUGUCUCUGGAAGAGGGAGAAUGGAGAUUUCAGACCAGAUUUCAUUACAUCUCACACUUGGAAUCUCACGAGAACUCAAUCACCAAAAGUCUCUUGGUGCAAGGGGAUUUGGUUUAAGGGAGCCACGCCAAAGUUUUCUUUUAUCACCUGGUUAGCUGUUCUUGAUAGGUUAGCAACAGGUGAUAGAAUUCUUAAAUGGAACUCUCAAGCUGAUCCUACUUGCUGGCUGUGCAAAUCUGUAGCUGAAACCAGAGAUCAUAUCUUCUUUGAUUGUGUAUACUCUAAAGAAGUCUGGAAGGAGACUGUCAAAGACCUGAUGGGGCAGGGGAGUAUCUAUCAAUGGGGGAGAAUGAUCAGAGUAGUGACUGAAGGUUUACGUGGAAGGAAUGAGACAUUUCAGGUGAGGUAUUGUUUUCAGGCAGUAAUCUAUGAGCUAUGA